GUGUUUGGCGAGCGACUUGUUGUGCGGCCCGACGAUGCGGCUCGGCGAGGCGCGGGAGAUCCUUGGGCUGACCGCCGACUCGACCUCGGAGGAUGCGCGGAAAGCGUACCGCAGACUCGCUCUGACCGCGCACCCCGACAAGUCCACGGCGCCGGACGCCACGGAGCAAUUUCAACGCAUCCAGGACGCCUUUACGCGCAUCCAGGCGAGCGAGGAGUCGGGGCGCGGCGGCGGGAGCGAGGACGAGUACGACGACGACGACGACUACGACGAGUACUAUGACGACGACUACGAGGCGUUUGAGGAGGCGGCAUUCAUGUUCAUGUUCGCCUUCGGCGGCAACCCGCCGGCUGGGUUCGGCGGCGCGCCCUUCUCCGCGCCCCCCGCGGGCGGCGGCCCCAAGGGCGGCUUCGCCACCGCCGGAGGAUUCGCGUGUCCUGCGGAGACUCCGUGCGCGAACCGCCGCGAGGGAAGGCGCCGAGGCGGGCAUGUGUCCACGACGCUGCACGGCGUGGCCGCUUAGGUGUGACUGCCGCGACUGCCGCGCGGAGCGGGCCGCCUUUGCGCGGCAGGAGGAGGCGCAGCAGGCGGCCCGGCGGGAGGCUGCGCGCCGCGAGGCUGCUCGCAAGCGCGUCUGGGCAGAGGCGCGCAAAGAGGCAGAGGCGGAGCUCCACUCUGCGCGGGAGCGAGCC